AUGAAGUUUUUGUUUGUCUCAUUGAUACUUUAUGUUGGUUUUGUACUAGCCAAUUUAGCUAGAUUUGAUGAGAAUAGUUUUUCCCAAGUAUGUUCGGGAAUGUAUUCAAAACAAGAUUGGGGUGGAUCAUUCAAACCACACAUUGGAUUGACAUUAAAUCAAUACAAUGAUUUCAAAUAUGAUCCGAAAAAUAAAGAUCAAGAAGUGGAUAAAGAUAUUUCUGUUAGUUAUAUUAUUUUUGAAUAUAAAGAUUUAGUGAAUAUUGGGGCUGAUUUGGGUAAUGGACAAUACAAAUUUAUUUGUGAUGAUACUGCCAUUAAUGACUUCAAAGUUUGUGACGAAAAGCAAAAGGGUAAAUUUAUUGUCAAUAAAAAUGUCACUAAUAGUACUAUAUUGACAGCGCAAUUGACUCAUUUAGGACAAGCAAACAUCAAUUAUCCCGUUAACGUGACGGGAUAUUAUUGUAUCUCAACAUUUUCUCAAUAUAAAGAAACCGUUUAUAGAGGAGAAGUGAAUUUUCAAAAUGCAUUUGGUCAAUUAAGUGCUAGUGAAAUCCCUAAAUUACCAGCUUAUGGUAUUUUGGCCAUUUGUUAUGCAAUUGCCUUGGCAUUAUUUGGAUUCCAAUUUUUCAAAAAAAGAAAGGAGAAUCAAAUUUUACCUUUACAAAGAUAUUUAUUAGCCAUGUUGGGAUUUUUAACUUUUGACACGGUUGUAGUGUGGUCAUAUUAUGAUUUGGUCAAUAGAAUCGAAUCUCCUAGUAGUGGAUUUGCUCGGUUUUAUAUGAUAUUCCUUACAUUAUUAAAUGCUGCUAAAAUCACUUUUUCAUUCUUUUUAUUAUUAUGUAUUUCCCUUGGUUAUGGGGUUGUUAAAUUAAAAUUGGAUAAAAAAGUCAUGUUUGGUUGUAAAAUCUUGGCUGCAUUUAACUUUGUUGCUUCAUUUGUUUAUUUAUUCUUCAAUUAUUAUGGUGGUUCAUCAAAUGCCUUGGUAUCUACUGAUAGUAUUGACACUGCUGCAUCGGGAAGCUUUUUAGGGUUAUUACCAAUUAUCCCUAUUGCCAUUAUCUUAUCCAUCUAUUAUGUAACAAUUUUGGCUUCCAUAAGGAAAACAACUGAAAGUUUACACAAACAACGUCAAAUUAUCAAAUUGAAUUUAUAUCAAAACUUGUUUAAAAUCAUUUUUGGAUCAGUUAUACUAACAUUUUUGGGUUUAACAUUAUCAUCAUUUGUUUAUUUAAGUAUGUCUUCCACAGAAAUGUUUGAACAACAUUGGAAAGGAUCAUUUUUCAUUUAUGAUUUUUGGCCAAGUGUUGUAUUUUUCAUAGUGUUUAUGGCAAUUGCUUGGCUUUGGAGACCAACUGAAACAAGUUAUAUGCUUGCUAUUUCGUCUCAAGUAGCCAAUGAUGAUGAAAAUGGUGAAUACCAACAAGGUAUGGAAUUAGAUACUUUCUCACUAAUGAGUCAUAGUGAUGAUGAAGAACAUAAUCCUCAAAGACAAGUUGAACGUGAUAGUUUUGAAUUACCUAGUAAAAAUAUUCAACCAGAAAAUCCUCCACAAUAUGAUCAAUUGAGUACUCAUGAACCACACGAAGCUCCAAGUAAUACCUUGUUUGAAUUGGGUGAAGACGAUGAAAUUAGUGAUCAUGAAGGAGAUAAUAGAUUGAAAGAUCACAAGCAUAAAGAAUAG